AUGGGUAUUUCUUAUAGUAAAAAAGUCACAAAAAAGGAUUAUAUUGUACUUGAACUAAAGCUACAAAGGGACAAAUUACAUAGAUAUCAAGUAAAUGUAGAAAAUUUUGUUUUAGAUACAAAAGAAGCAAUAAAAAAAUCACUUGCACAAGGAAAUAAACAAAAAGCUCUUUACCUUUUAAAACAAAAAAAAAAAUACCAAGAACUCUUUACAAAAGCAUGUGCUCAUAUAGAAACGGUGGAAAAUUUGAUAUCAACCAUUGAAUUUGCGUUAAUUGAAGAAGAUGUUAUAUAUAUACUUAAGCAAAGUUCUUGUUUAUUAAAAGAUCUUAAAAAAGAAAUGUCAUUUGAAUCUGUCUCAAAACUCAUGGAUCAAGCAAAAGAAAACAUUAUUUAUCAAAAUGAUAUAAAUAAUAUACUCUCAGAUAAAUUAGAAGAUAAGGAUGAAGAAUAUUCAAAGGAAUUUGAAGAAUUACAACUUUAUAUGUUCCCCCAUCCUCCUAAUAAAGAAAUACAAAAUGAAACCACAACAAUAAAAGAAAAUAAACAAAACAGCAAACAAAAAGAAUCAUCUUAUGCAUUAUUGGCAUAA